CCAACAGGAUUCACGAUCCACGCCGUGACGGGUGCCCCAGCUCUGACCGAGUGGACUCAGUGGAGACGUUUGGAUCUGCGAUCCGACGCAAUGUCGCAGCAGGAGUCGUACUCCACGUGGCUCAUCAUGCUCUUCGCUCUCACGGCGCCAGCAGCCACAGAUGGAAUCGGCGUGCCCUCUCCUCCGGCGAACGUGAGCGUGGCCCUGCUGGGCCCCACCAUGGCGCGGGUUUCCUGGCAGCUGCCCGACUCCGACGCUGUCAUCGGCUUCACCGUGAAGCAGCAGAAGCGCCCGGGUGCGCGCCAGCGCUUCAUCACCGAGGUGAACACGACUGCGCGCUCGUGCCUCCUGUGGGGCCUCGAGGGCGCCAGUGACUACGUGGUGGCCGUGCAGGCGCUGGGCCGCGGGGGGGCGGCCAGCGAGCCCAGCCCCGGCCUGCGCUUCAGCACCCCCCCGGAGGGGGACAGCGACGAACAGCGAGACAACAACAACAACUCGUCAUCGUCACGAUCUUCAUCAUCAUCGUCGUCCUCGUCACCGUCGUCGUCGUCGCUGUCUGUGGCGACGUCGCUUUCGUCGCACGGAGGAGAGACUGGAUUGGUUGUCGGAGUCAACGCUCACUACUUUGCGAGUGAGGGUGUGCUCACGGUCACAGUCUUCCUCCUCUGGAUUGCAGUGAUGGUCCUCUGCUUGCGCGAGUACCGAACUAUCAAGGACAGCUCCAUACUUCACCACGGCGGCAUGGUGAAGCCUGCGCUGGGGGAACGGGGGAGCGCCAUCCUCCGCAAGCCGGACACCCCCAUCGCUACGGCACAGCAGCCUCAGAGGAAUUCCCAUAGCCCCCGCGUUUCGAAUGUAUGACUCACAUCGUACAAUCGACCACUCAGCCGGGUGAACUGUGUUCAUGCGAAGAGGUGGUUCACAAUGGCCAUGUCAGACACUUAACGCCAAUACAGCCACAAGCGAUCAUCCAUAUCAUCACCAUCAUCAUGAUCAUCAGCACUACCACCAUUAUAAUGAGAACCACAACCAACAUCAUUUUCAUCAUCAUCAACACCAUCACAAUUCCCAUCAUCAUCGCAACCAUCACAAUUCCCAUCAUCAUUCUCAUCGUCAACAUGAGAACGCCCAUCGGCAGGAUCAUCGUCAUCAUCAAGAGGAAAAGAAAAGGUAUAGAUUUUUAGAACGUAAAAAUAUAUCAACUCAUCCAUUCACGAUACUGCAUAAACUUUAUUACAUUUUUUCAAAUUACAUUUUUUAUCUAGAAUAAAGGUUUUAUAAACAUUUUUUUUUUGCACGGACGUAUUCCGGGAUGUGAAAUUUAUUGCUUGUUUUGAAAGUCAGUGCUACGGACUUUGUGGUGUACCAUGAUCUUAAACAAUAAUCUCAUACAUGGAAAUAUAUAAAACAAACAUCGAACGAUAAUUAAAAAUAUAAUAAUUCACAGCCGUCGUCCAUCCAC